AUUGCAUCUAAUCUUCGAGUUUCCCUGUAGACACAGGCUUUGUCCUCAUUUUACAGCUGUGGAAAGUGAGGCCCAGGCCGGGCGCGGUGUCUCACACCUGUAAUCCCAGCACUUUGGGAUGCAGGUGGAUCACCUGAGGUCAGGAGUUCGAGACCACCCUGGCCAACAUGGUGAAACCCCGUCUCUACUAAAAAUACUAAAAUUAGCCGGGCGUGGUGGCGGGUGCCUGUAGUCCCAGCUACUCGGGAGGCUGAGGCAGAAGAAUUGCUUGAACCCGGGAGGUGGAGGUUGCAGUGAGUGGAGAUUGCACCACCACACUCCAGCCUGGGAGACAGAGACUCAGUCUCAAAGGAAAAAAACAACAACAACAACAAAAAACAGAGGCCCAGAGGUGUGAAGGGAACACACUCCGGGUCUGGAGGGCCAGGGCCACUUCCAAUUCUGGGGGAAGUUAUUGCUGAAAUUCUGUUUUCUUUCUUUCUUUUUUUAUUUUUUUAAAGAGACAAAGUCUCACUGUUGCCCAGGCUGGAGUGCAAUGGUGUGAUCACAACUCACUGCAGCCUCAAAAUCCUGGUCUCGGCUGGGCCAGUGGCUCACACCUAUAAUCUCAGCACUUUGGGAGGCCAAGGCAGGUGGAUCACCUGAGGCUAGGAGUUCGAGACCAGCCUGGCCAACAUAGUGAAACUCCGUCUCUACUAAAAAUACAAAAAUUAACCGGGUGUGGUGGCACGUGCCUGUAAUCCCAGCUACUCAGGAGGUUGAAGCAGGAGAAUCACUUGAACCCGGGAGAUGGAGGCUGUAGUGAGCCGAGAUUGCACCACUGCACUCCAGCUUGGGCGACAGAAGGAGACUCCAUCUCAAAAAAAAAUCCUGGGAUCAAGCUAUCAUGCCACCUCAACCUGCCAAGUAGCUGGGACCACGGGCAUAUGCCACCAUGCCUAGCAGCGUUUUUGCAUUUUUUCUAGAGAUGAGGUCUCAUUACAUUGCCCAGGCUGGUCUUGAACUCCUGGCCUCAAGUGAUCCUCCUGCAUUGGCCUCCCAAGAAAUUCUUACUCAACAUUUACAAAUGAGAUGCCAAAACAGCACUUCAAUAAUAGUGGUUAUAUUUUAUCGUUCUCUACACAGAAAAAAAAAUGCUGCUUGUAACACUCAUAGACACGAAAGUAUUUCUCUGCCUAUUUAAAUAAUUCUGGAUUGCAGUGAGCCAUCAGGAUUUUGGCAGCCAGAUGUCACCAUGAUUUCUCAUAAAACUGAUGAUGUUACAUCAGUGGUGGCCUGAAUGAAGAUGCUGGGAUGCCUGUAAUCUACAGAUUGGUUUCAGACUCCAAAGGCAACCUCUUUUUUUUUUUUUUUUUUUGAGACGGAGUCUGGCUCUGCCACCCUGCCACCCAGGCUGGAGUACAGUGGUGUGAUCUAGGCUCACUGCAACCUCUGCCUCCAGGGUUCAAGUGAUUCUCCUGCCUCAGCCUCCUGAGCAGCUGGGAUUACAGGCAUGCACCACCAUGCCCAGCUAUUGAUUUUUUAUUUUUAGUAGAGAUGGGGUUUCAAAAUGUUGGCCAGGCUGGUCUUGAACUCUUGACCUCAAGUGAUCUGCCCACCUCGGCCUCCCAAAGUGCUGGGAUUACAGGCGUGAGCCACCGCACCCAGCCCUGGCCUCUUUUUUUGUUAUUUAUUUAUUUUUGAGACAGAGUCUCACUCUGUCACCCAGGCUGGGGUGCAGUGGCGUGGUCUUGGUUCACUGCAAUCUCUGCCUCCCGGGUUCAAGUGGUUCUCCUGCCUCAGCCUCCAGAGUAGGUGGGAUUACAGGCACCCGUCACCAUGCCUGGCUAAUUUUUUUUUUUUUUUUUGAGACAAAGUCUUGCUCUUGUCCCCCAGUCUGGAGUGCAAUGGCGCGAUCUCGGCUCACUGCAACCUCCGCUUCCCAGAUUCAUGCAAUUCUCCUGCCUCAGCCUCCCGAGUAGCUGGGAUUACAGGCACAUACCACCACGCCCAGCUAAUUUUUUUGUAUUUUAAGUAGAGACAGGGUUUCACCAUGUUGGCCAGGCUGGUCUCAAACUCCUGACCUCAGGUGAUCUGUCUGCCUCGGCCUCCCAAAGUGCUGUGAUUACAGGCGUGAGCCACCGCGCCCGGCCGACUAAUUUUUGUAUUUAUAGUAGAGACAGGGUUUCACCAUGUUGGCCAGGCUGGUCUCGAAUUGCUGACCUCAUGAUCUGCCCGCCUUGGCCUCCCAAAGUGCUGGGAUUACAGGUGUGAGCCACCGCGCCUGGGCAGUUUAUUUAUUUAUUUUUAAGAGGCGGGGGUCUUGCUCUGUAACCCAGGCUGGAGUGCAGCGGUGCGAUCAUAGCUCACUGCAGCCUCCAACUCCCGGGCUCAAGUGAUCCUCCUGCCUCAGCCUUCCAAGUAGGUGGGAUUACAGGAACACACCACCAUGCCUGGCUAAUUUUUUGUAGUUUUUAUAGAGAUGGGGGGGUCUCAAACUCCUGGGCUCAAGUGAUCUUCCUGCCCUGGCUUCCCAAAGUGUUGGGAUUACAGGCAUGAGCCACCUCGCUCAGGCAAGGCAACUUCUGACAAUAUAAUUGUGCUGUGGGCGAGGUAAAGCCAAGCUUGGAGAAGGCUCCGAUUGAUGAUCCUUGGGUCGGGGCGAACAGUGGGUCCUCAAACAGGGCCCACGUUGCAAGUCCUGGAAAACCCAGCCAUCUUAGCGGGCAGGUAUAUCUGACGUCUCCGUUGAAGGCCUUCAGGGAGGUGGCUUUGUCUCUUGAGGUUUAUGUCUGGGAUCAGGGCUGCUCCUCCACUCGGGGUCACAACCUCUGGCUCAUCACCUUGUCAGGAGCCAGCCCACUAAGUCACGUUUCAGGCCUGAAAACCAACAACAAAAGAUCCGUAAAGACAGAAGUCCUGGGACUGGCUCUUAAUGACUGCCAGUGACAAGCUUUGUGGCAGUGAGCAGAGGUGUCCCUCAGGCUCAGCUCAGUCUCUGUGGGUUGCAGGACCUGCCCUUGGAGGUGGGCCUGGGAGGGAGGUCUUGGGGCCCCAGGACCUGGGCCACCUGGGGCUUUUUUUUUUUUUUUUUUCUUUUUGAGAUGGAGUCUUGCUCUGUCGCCCAGGCUGGAGUGCAGUGGUGCGAUCUUGGCUCACUGCAAGCUCCACCUCCUGGGUUCAAGCGAUUCUCCUGCCUCAGCUUCCUAAGUAGCUGGGAUUACAGGCGCCCACCAUCAUGCACGGCUAAUUUUUGUAUUUUUAGUAGAGGCGGGGUUUCACCAUGUUGGUCAGGCUGGUCGCAAACUCCUGACCUCGUGAUCUGCCCACGUUGGCCUCCCAAAGUGCUGAGAUUACAGGCGUGAGCCACCGCGCCCAGCCCACCUGGGGCAUUUUUGUUGCUGUACAAUAGAAACAAGUUCUCUAUAUGUUCCCCAGGCUGGUCUAAACUGGACUCAAGUGAUCCUCCCACCUAGACCUCCCAAAGUGCUGGGAUUUCAGGCGUGAGCCGCUGUGGCUGGUCAGAACCUGGGGCCCUUUUGAACUUUGAUUCCUCAGCAAUUUUGUCAGCCCUGGCCUGGGCUGAGAAGCCCCUGUGAAGCCCAGAGAGGGAAAGGGACCUGUCCAGGGUCACACAGGAAUCAUGCCUCGAGCCUCCCCAGCCACGGACUUGUCUCCAUCCAGGGCAUUUCAGCCCCUGCAGGGCAGUGGCCUGCCCCUCCUCCUUGGAGCCAGAAAGGGAUGCAGUGCCACAGGGAUCUGGCUCUGUCCCAGGCCCUGUGGGGCUGGCAGUUGAGUAGGCAGUCAGGCUGGGUGCACCCAUCCCUCCCCCACUCCCCACUGCUACUGCCCAGCACAGUGCAUUCAUGCAGCUGGGCCCCGCCCCGUCUCCAGAGGCACCUUCCACUAGCAACAGUCUCCCCAGGCACAACACAGCUAACACAAGGCCCCGCAGGCAGGACUCUGGGACAGACGCAGGCCAGCUGCCCAGAGCCCAGACCAAGCAUGGAUGCUGUGGAUGCCACCAUGGAGAAACUCCGGGCACAGUGCCUGUCCCGCGGGGCCUCGGGCAUCCAGGGCCUGGCCAGGUUUUUCCGCCAACUAGACCGGGACAGGAGCAGAUCCCUGGACGCUGAUGAGUUCCGGCAGGGUCUGGCCAAACUCGGGCUGGUGCUGGACCAGGCGGAGGCAGAGGGUGUGUGCAGGAAGUGGGACCGCGACGGCAGCGGGACACUGGAUCUGGAGGAGUUCCUUCGGGCGCUGCGGCCCCCCAUGUCCCAGGCCCGGGAGGCAGUCAUCGCAGCUGCAUUUGCCAAGCUGGACCGCAGUGGGGACGGUGUCGUGACGGUGGACGACCUCCGCGGGGUGUACAGUGGCCGUGCCCACCCCAAGGUGCGCAGUGGGGAGUGGACCGAGGACGAGGUGCUGCGCCGCUUCCUGGACAACUUCGACUCCUCUGAGAAGGACGGGCAGGUCACACUGGCGGAAUUCCAGGACUACUACAGCGGCGUGAGUGCCUCCAUGAACACGGAUGAGGAGUUCGUGGCCAUGAUGACCAGUGCCUGGCAGCUGUGAGCAGCUCCGGCUCAGCCCUGCUGCCCUGGCCUGUCACUCCCCACCCCUGCCGGAGACCUCCCUUCCCUGGGCCCCUUCUCUCCUGGGCAGCCACACCAGAGCGGGGAGGGGCAGGUGGGGGAAUGAAGGCUGCAGGACUGGCUAGACCAGGUCCCUGCUGGGCCACCAGGCGGAGGUGGGACAAAGGUCCUAACAGAAGUCACUGGCUCAGGACCCCAGGGAGAAACACUCUCCCCACCCACACCAUGCUGACCCGAGGCCUUGCAGUCCCUGCGGAUGUACCUGCCAAGGUCCCCUGAUCCCCCCACCCGGACUGCUGCUCCCCACCCCUCCCUUGCAGGUCCCCCAGGAAGCCAGGUGACCCCAGGUGGGAGGCUGUGUGUGGAGGCCAUCCUGGAAGGAAGUUUAGACCUGCCCAGGUGUGGAGCGAGGGGCAAGGGGGCAUCCUAACCUCAGAAACCAAAAUAAAGCCUUUGAAAAAAAAAUCUGUAAAACAUCAACCCAAUCAGAAGAUGGCAAAUGGGGAAUAAAAAUAGCAGUUAACACGU